AUAGCUGAUGAGCCUGAGAUGCAUGUGGACAUGGGCUGUGGGAUAUGCAAGGCACCCUCUAAGCAGGGGCUCUAGGCAGAAAGGGGCCCAGGCUGUAAAAUUUCUCUUGGAGCCAGUCAACUAAGGUUCAGAAGUGUUGGGAAGCAACUCUACACACUCCCAGGCAGCAGCAGGGCCGCUGUGCCAUCAUGGAGAGCUUGCUGGAUGGAGAGCCCUGCGAGCAUGGCUGAGUGUCCAGAGCAGCAGCACUUUCCGCUUCUCACCGAGCCAGCGGGACAGAGCCAGGUUGGGCUGUGAGGGCCUCUCCCGCUGCCCGGGCAAGGCUCGUGCUUGGGUCUGAGGGGAGGAGAAGACAGCAAGGAAAGCAGCUCUAAUGGAAUCCCAAAUCUGCGGCCUGCCCGUUCCUGCCGCCUGCCAAUGCGCAGCGAUCAGAGCCGGCCAUCGCUCUGGUCUCAGGGAAGCAUCCACAAGAUGGAACCUGGAGCAAGUGGAUCCGAGAGCGGGGCUGCUCUGGCAAAGGAGGAGGGACCUGCCAGAGUCUCCAGAGGCUGUGACUGGAGAGAAGGAAACUCAGUGUCCUCUGAGGCUGGCCAUGGCACUGGUUCCAUAUCUGUGUCUCCUGGCUUUGCUGUCCCUUAGGCUGCGCCCUGCUGCAGGGGUCAUGGACUCCUGCUAUGACCCGCAGGGACGGGCACAGCGCUGCAUGCCCGCCUUCGAGAACGUGGCCUUCGGCAGGGAGGUGCGGGUGACCAACACGUGCGGCUCCCCGCCCGAGGAUUACUGCCUCCAGAUGGGAGCGCGGGACACUACCAAGCUGUGCCAGCGCUGCGACGUGGCAGACCCCUUGCGCCACCAUAACGCCACCUACCUGACCGACUUCCACAGCCAAGAGGAGAGCACCUGGUGGCAGAGUCAGUCCAUGGCCUUCGGGAUACAGCACCCCAACUCCGUCAACCUCACGCUGCACCUGGGGAAGUCCUAUGACAUCACCUAUGUGCGGCUGAAGUUUCACACAAGCCGGCCAGAGAGCUUUGCUAUUUACAAACGUGGCCAGCUGGACGGGCCCUGGAUCCCAUACCAGUACUACAGCGCCUCCUGUGGGAAGACCUAUAGGAAGCAAGAGCGGCAGUACCUGCAGCCUGGUGAGGAUGAGCAGGUGGCCUUCUGCACCGAGGAGUUCAGUGACAUCUCUCCGCUGAGUGGUGGGAAUGUAGCCUUCUCCACCCUGGAAGGCCGGCCCAGUGCCUACAGCUUCGACAAGAGCCCUGUGCUACAGGAGUGGGUGACCAGCACUGACCUGCUCAUCUCCUUGAACCGGCUUAACACGUUCGGGGACGACAUCUUCAAGGAUUCCAAGGUGCUGCAGUCGUACUAUUACGCCAUCUCAGACUUCGCAGUCGGUGGCAGGUGUAAGUGCAACGGCCAUGCCAAUGAGUGUGCCCCCAAUGAAGAGGGCCAGCUGGUCUGCCUCUGCCAGCACAACACCACCGGCGUGGACUGCGAGCGAUGCCAGGCUUUCCACCAGGACCGGCCGUGGGCGCGAGGCACCGCCGAGUCCGCCAACGAGUGUCUCCCAUGCAACUGCAGCGGCCGAUCGGUCGAGUGCUUCUAUGACCGGGAGCUGUACCGGAGCACGGGGCAUGGCGGCCAUUGCCUGAACUGCCAGGAUAACACCGACGGGCCGCACUGCGAGCGCUGCCGGCAGAACUACUACCGGUGGGACGGGCAGUCGGCAUGCCAGCCGUGCAACUGCAACCUGGCGGGCUCCCUGCAGCUCCAGUGUGACAGCUCCGGGGCCUGCAUGUGCAAGGCCAGCGUGACUGGCUGGAAGUGCGAGCGCUGCCGGGCCGGGUUCCACUCCCUGAGCGCAGGGGGCUGCAGCCCCUGUGCCUGCGACCCUGCAGGCAGUGUGGGGACCUGUGACCCCAACUCAGGGCGCUGCUCCUGCAAGGAGAAGGUGGAAGGCUACCUGUGCAACAGGUGCCAGCCUGGCUCGUUCAACCUGCAGCCCCACAACCCCGCCGGCUGCACCAGAUGCUUCUGCUAUGGCCACUCGGCUGUGUGCACUGCAGCCAACCAGUACGAGGUGCACCACGUCAGCUCUGACUUCAGCCAAGGGCCUGAGGGCUGGAGAGCCGAAGCUCCAAGUGGCAAGGAAGUCCCGCUGCAUUGGGCCGAUGGGGAGAUCUAUCUAGAGCAGGACAACAAGGACCCAGCCAGUUUCAUAGCACCAGAGAAGUUCCUGCACAACCAGCGCCUCAGCUACGGGCAGCUCCUCUCCCUGCUUCUCCGAGCGGAGGGGAACGGGAGCGGAGCCUCUCCGUUCCCCCUCUGGCUGGUCUUAGAGGGAGAUGGGAUCGUGGUGUCUGCGAGCUACUCCGCCCCAGCCGGCAGUGAGAGCCAGCCCCACUGUGGAGAGCACAAGGUCACCUUCAGGCUCCACGAGGCGGAGGAGGAGAUGCGGCCCUUCAGCUUCCAGCUUCUGCUCUCCACACUGACUGCCCUCAGGAUCCAGGCUGGCAGCAGCCACGCCCCUCACAGAGUCUCCCUGGGGGAGGUCCAACUCACCUCUGCUCGCCCAGGUCAUUCCCAGCCUGCUCAGUGGGUGGAGGAGUGCGUCUGCCCUCCGGGGUACAUCGGGCAGUUCUGUGAAUCCUGCGCUCCAGGCUUCAAGAGAGCCACACCACUUGGCGGGCCCUUCACCAGCUGCGUCCCCUGUACUUGUAACCAGCACGGCAGCUGCGACCCCCACACAGGGCGCUGCCAGUGUCUCCAUCACACCGAGGGCCCGUCCUGCGAGCGCUGCGCCAUUGGCUUCCAUGGCAACCCCUUUGUGGGGCACAUCGACGACUGCCAGCCAUGCCCCUGUCCCGGGGGGUCGCCUUGCACGGCGAUCCCGGAGAGCGGGGAGCUGGUGUGCACCCAUUGCCCCCAGGGGCAGAGAGGAAGACGCUGUGAGCUCUGUGACGAUGGGUUUUUCGGCGACCCCUUGGGGAAGAACGGCCCCCCCGGCCCCUGCAGCCUCUGCCAGUGCAACGGUAACGUGGACCCCAAUGCUGUGGGCAACUGUGACCCCGUCUCCGGCCAAUGCCUGAGGUGCCUGGACGAUACGACAGGAGAGCACUGUGAAAGGUGCAGGGAGGGCUUCUAUGGGAGCGCGCUGGCUCGCAGCCCCGCCCGGAAGUGUUCCCCCUGUGAGUGCCACUCCGUCGGCUCGGCCCCGGGGCUGGAGCCCUGCGAUCCCCUCACUGGCCAGUGCGCCUGCCUCCCUCGUGUGACGGGACGGGCCUGCAGCCGCUGCCAGCUGGGCCAUUAUGACCUGCAGCCAGGGACUGGAUGCAAGAGCUGUGAGUGCCACCCUGUGGGAUCCCAGCACAGCCAGUGCCACCCGCUCACAGGGCAGUGCCCCUGCCAGCCCGGGGUCGAAGGCCGGUCGUGCAAUCGAUGCCAACCUGGUUUCUUUGGGUUCUCAGCCAAGGGCUGCCGAGCCUGUAACUGCUCCCCGCUGGGCGCCGUCACCCCGCAGUGCCGCGAGAACAGCACGUGCGUCUGCCGGCGGGGCUUCGUGGGCUACAAGUGCGACCAGUGUGAGGUGAACUUCUUCUACGCCCCGGAGCGGUCUCUGUGCCAGGAGUGUCCCCUCUGCUACGCCCUGGUGAAGGAGGAGGCUGACAAGCUGCAGGCCAGGCUGCAGAAGAUGGAGGUGCAGCUGCAGAGACCAGACUGCAGCAGCCCUGAGACCCAUGAGGCAGCGCUGGGCGAGGAGCCCCGAGGAGACAGUCUUCAGCUGACAGAUGCCAAGGCCGUGUUCCUGGAGCAGGUGGCCCAGCUGGAGAGCUCCGUGAGCGCCGUGCGGGGCCAGCUGCAGAACUGCACUGCCGCCGGCGCCGAGAAAACCUGCCACCUCCUGUCGGAAAUCAGCGCCGUGCUGCUGUCUGCACAGCGGGAGAUCCAGCAGGCUGCAGCCGGGCUGACCCCCAGCACGCUGGGUUCUCAGCCCCUCUCCCGCAGCAUCGCCAGGCUCCAGUGCUGUCCCCACAGAGGGGCCCCGGGGCUGAACCCUGCGUUUCCCAUUCAUGUUGGUUUUUAUAUGUUGAAGGUGAUUCCUCAGGAGUUUUCCGGGCACCCCACCAGCUGGAGUCGCCAGGCACUGGAGUCCCAGGGGCUGGCUGCAAGCCACAGGGACACGGCGGCACAGGAGGAGUCGGUGGCCAGGAGAGCCCUGCUCGCGUCCAACACCAGCUGCGCUCUGCUGCAGGGCACCCUGGAGGACAGUGCGAGCCUGGAUUUCAGGAGGGUGCUGGAGGAGCGGUACCAGGAAAUCCAGCAGGCACAGGAGGAGCUGGCUGCUGGCAUGUUGGAGGGGGCAGCUGAGGCCAAGCGAACCUUUGCGUCCAUCCGCCAAGCUAGUGCAGACAUGGCAAAGAACCUCUCCACGCCAGACCUGCGCCCCCUGGUGGUGCAGGCCGGAGUGCUGGCUCAGGAGCUGAGGGCGCUGGAGCAGGGCGUGGAGGGGAAGGAGCGCCUGUUCCUGGACAAGUCGGAGGCUCUGAUGGCCGAGCUGCGCAGGGAGCUGCAGGGGGCUCAGCAGUUCCAGCAGCUGUGGAAAGGGGCUGAUGGGGCCCGGGCUUGGGCAGCCUCGUCUGUUUCGCAUGGGAAGGCCGUGGUCUCUGAAGCAAAAGCCCUGCUGUCCAGCUUGGAAGGGGGGAAGAGGGUGCUGGUGCGUCAGAAGGGGCAGGCCGCUAGUGUCAGCGACACCGCGGCGCUUGUCGCUGCGGCAGCCAAGAGGACGGUCAGAGAAGCAGAGAGAGUUGCCGGGGAGAGCUCCAAGAGGACGGUCAGAGAAGCAGAGAGAGUUGCCGGGGAGAGCUCCAAGAGGUCCCAGGCCCUGCUGAGGGAAGGGAAGCAGGAAGACAAGCGCGCCAGAGAGCUUGCCAAGCGCGUCAACGGAACCCUGGCAGAAAUCUCAAGGCAGGAGCACGUGUCUGAGCAGCUCGGGGAGGAGUUCGAGGCGUCUCACCAGGUGAGGAUGGGGAUGAGUGACGCUAAGGAGAGCCUCCGAGAAGCCCAGAGCUCCCUGGAGACGGACAUUGAGAUCCUGAAUAACCUGCUCAGCAGCCUAGGCAACCUGGAGCAGGAAGCGCCCACGGCCACGGUGCUUAGCACUAGCCGCCUCCAGCUGGGCCGCCUGCAGCUGCGCCUGGCCAGGCCCGGAGCCCUGGAGAGGAAACUGAGCCAUCUGCAGCGGGAGGCCAAGCAGCAGCGGCAGAAGAUCCGGGAGUUCGAGAGCGACCUGCGAGAGAUCCAAGCCGACAAGCAGAACCUGGAGGAGGUUCUACGGAGUCUGCCCGAGGGCUGCUCGAGCUGGCAGUGAGCAGGCCCCGUGGAUGACCCCUCGGCCCCCACCGCCACAAGGAACGGCAGAGCCAAGGACGUCCCCCGGCUCACCAGCCAGCACCUCGAACCUGCUGUCCUCUUGCUACGCUGCCUUCCCGCAGACUAGCGGGCGAGGGCUCCGCGCUUCAGGCCCUGCAGAACUGCCAGAGCCCGGGGGAAAGCUUGUCUGUGAGGGAAGCAGAGCUGUCGUGGGAGCAGCUGACUCCCACGGGAACUAAGGGACCAUCCCAGGCCAAAGCCUCCCACCCCCCAUUCCCAGGGCCACACCCGCCCACCCCAGUGUCUGCACAGAGCCACGUUGUGGUUUUUAAAAAGAGAAACUCUGCCCCCGCAACUUACCUGGGCCAGGUGCUGGUCCCGUCCCUCCAUGCUGGGCUCACACGCUUCAGUCCUGGACCACAGCACAACCUGAGUAGAAGGGGAGAGCGCGGAAGCCAGAGCUCUCCUGAAGGGGAUGGGACAGAGGGCUCAGGGCUGCCCGCUCCUGGGGUCCGCGGUCCCAAUGGACGGGGUCGUAAGGGCCAGCAGUGGAAGUGGAGCAGGAGGCGGAUGGGCUGGGCUGUGCCCUGCCCCUUGUGACUCUGCAGCUCUACCAGGGUGGCACCGGUGAGAAACAGCUCCGUGAGUGGAGCCCCUGGGGCACAGUGUCUGUCAGUGCUCCCGGGGGCUGCGAAGGGACCAUCCCAACUCAGUAGUCAGGGGGCGAGGACAUUAGACCAGGCCUAGGUCUGCUCUUGCUUCGUGUGGCUGUAGCCUGUCAUCCCAGCAGCUUGUGGACAGCCCCUCGCCCGCCCUGCCAGGAAAGGCAAAGGGCUGAAGAGCUGGGCAGUCGCCUCAGGCUUCGCCGCCGGCUUCGUCCGCUCUAGAGUGACUGCCUGCAAGUGGCUCCAGGCUAAAAGCUUGACUGUAAUUCCCAGUCGAUGGCGUCGCAGCUGGGCUGAAUGUGCCGCUGCAGCGGGCAGCGUCAGCCCUUUCCCCCUGUGUGCUCAAAAGCAGCAGCUCCCAACCUGUGGUCCGCAGCCCCCUGGUGUUCCCAACGGCAUUGGAGGGGGUCCACGGAAAGUUUAAAAUAGAAACUGUCACCCGCUCUCCAGCACCAGCCAUCUCAUUAAGUAAAGUCCAGGUAUUAUCUCCCAAUGCUACUAUUUGUUUUUAGAUAACACGGGCUAAUCUGCAUUUCAAUUGAUUAUCGAAUAAUGGAAUGUUUGAAAACAGCUGUAGUGUUGGGGGGGGGUUGUAAAAUGUUAAUAGAUUGAAAAGGGUCCAUAUGCUCAGAAAGGUCGGGCGCCACUGCUCUACAGAGAAGGCCAGCAGGGGUUGAUCCAGCUUGGAGGCAAGCAACACAUUAGACAAGAGAGAAUCUGGCCCCUUCUGCUCUCGUUCGCGCUGGCACGACGCCAGGGGAGUGACUCCUGAUUUUCCCUGGUGUAAGAUCGUGCUGAAGCCUAGAGCCCUGCUUCUGGUUUGCUUUUGAACCUGAUUCUAAUGUGUUUGGGUGCCAUUCACAUUACUAGAAACUGGUUUAGCCAGAGCCACCUGCCAACCCCUUUGUAAGGCUUCUGGAGUGGUUUGUAGCUCCCCCUUGCACCUUCCUUUCCCCAAAUAAGCCGGCUGCCCCUUGCCUCUGCGCAAAAGCUGGCACUGGCAGACAGUUCCAGCUGGGUGUUAUCAGCCUCUCCCCCUCUCACUGCCCAAGGACAGCCCUGUGAAAGCACAACAGUUGUUGCGAAGAAAACACAGCAUGCUGCCAGCUUGGGAGGGGGGCCUGGCCAAAUAGCCACAUAUUUGCCUCCCUAGGAAAACAACUGGGCAUCUUCAAUCUGCUCACUAACUCGCUGCUGUGAGAGACAUGUCAAGCCCUUGCCACCUGCCCGGUGCUGAAGACGUGAUUUCACCCUCCUUCCCAGAGACAUGUUUUCUGAGCUGAUGCUAUGUGCUUGGAGCUUGUAUCCAUUUUUUAAAAAUCUUAAUAUAAUACAUAUGCUACACUCUGCUUGGAGUGCGGUCCAUGGGUAUGAAACAGCUGGUGGGGUGUGUGUGUGUGGGGGGGGGAAUACAUGGCAUACUUCUAGCAGCUGUCCUCUGGCAGAGUUCUGCAAAGGAAAGCCAUGCAGAGUGACUUCAGCUAACAGCAGAACGCAGCGGCAGCUGUUUAACAGCUCUCAGUAAACGGGCACAGCCGUUCAGGCGAGGAACUUAAAAACCCCAAUAGCGAAUUGAAACUGCAGGGGGAGCUCAGGGAGGCAGAGUGUGACGACUCCAAUUAGAUUCUGGCCAGGACACUAGAGGUAACAUAUUGUGCUCUUGAAAAAUGCCCUUGGCUCUUUAAAGACCAUACGGGUCUGGGAGCUCAGCUGCAUGUCUGCUGCAGCCCUACAUAGGGGCCGGGCUAAUGACUGACUCGGCCAAAGCUGCUGGGUUUCUUCUCUAGGCUCCCCACUGGUACAUCCGUGUGUUACUUUGCACGUCUCCUGGCCUCGUGGGUGUGUAGUGCCCUGAAGAGGCUGGGGCUGUGUAGCCAGUUGGCAGGGAAGGGGUGAAAAGGAACCUGGGACCAUAAUCUCCAGCUGCAGGGCCCCCCAGCAUCGCUCCCGUUAGCGUUAGAAAGAGGAGUCCCGCCAAUCCCAGCUCCUCCUGCAGAUGAUUUCUAAACUAGGGCAACACCCAGAAGGCUGGUAUGCUAUGCAGGCAGUGAUGCUGCAUGAGGGCUGGACGCAUGCCCACAUCCGCUCAGAGAAGAGACGGCCCACGCUGUGACUGUGAAGGGCAGGGUGGGGUACCAGCAGAGCAGAGGGUGACCUGUCUAGGGGCAAGGGUGAGGCUGCUUGAAGGGAACACCACCCUGGCCAUGACAAGCCCAUCAACAAGAGGCUCACAGGAUACGGGGGUGAGAGGUUGGCAGGAGAGGCGGAUCUGGGAGUUGAAGACAGGAGCUGAAGCCGAGAGUGAGAAUUGUGUAAAAAAGCCAUCACAUGAGCACAGGAGUGCGUCAAGGCCAGCGAGGACAUGGGGGCCUGAUGAGGGGAACUCACUGGAUGCGAUGCCAAAGGGAUUAGGAGAGAAUCCUUGGGCUGGAAGAGACCUCAGGGGGUCAGCAAGUCCAGCCCGCUGCCCAA